AUGAUACCCCUAGAGCGGCCUGAAACCCCUCCGAGCCCCUUGUCCACUGUCCCCUUCACGCAAAAUCCAGAAUUUAUCAGUCGCGAUAAUCUACUCGAUCAGAUUCACGAGAAAGCCUCGGCUCCAGGUAGCAUGGUAGCGCUUUUCGGUCUGGGCGGUGUCGGGAAAUCGCAACUUGCUAUCGAAUAUUCCUACAGGGUACGAUCCCAAUCGCCGUCCACAUGGGUCUUCUGGAUUCAUGCGAGUAAUGCAGCCCGGUUUGAGGAAAGCUUCCGGGACAUUGCGGACCGAAUUAGACUUCCAGGCCGCCAUGAUCCCAAUGGAAAUAUCUUAAGGCUGGUACAAAAUUGGCUCCUGGAUGGGAGGACAAGCAAAUGGGUUCUGAUCGUUGAUAAUGUUGAUGACGACGGAUUUCUUCGCAAGCUCUCUGCAACGGAUCGGGAGGGCCAGAGAAAUGGUCGAGCCAAUGCCUCGCCACGGCCGCUUCUAGAAUUCCUCCCGCAAAGCUCGAAUGGCUCAAUCCUAUUUACCACUCGAAGCAAGGAACUAGCAUUGAAACUCGUCGAUUACAGGAAUCUUAUCGAAAUCGAACCGAUGAAAAGAUUUGAGGCUCUUAGACUUCUGCAAAAAAAGCUUGAACUGCGAGAGGAGAGCGAAGCGAGCGUCAAAUUAGUGGAACAACUCGAGUUCAUGCCACUGGCAAUCGUACAGGCAGCCAGCUAUAUCAAACAUCGAGCACCCCGUUGCUCGGUAUCGCAAUAUCUAAAGAAACUUCAGAAGGGCGACUCCGAAGCGAUCAAGCUUCUUAACGACAAGGCAGGGGAUCAUUGCCGAGAGUGGGGGAAAAGAACUCCAUUAUGGUUACAUGGCAGAUAUCUUUUGACUAUAUUCGACGAACAAGACGGUCCGCAGCAGACUUACUCUCUCUCAUGA